GUAACAAUGACCUUCACAGAUCCCUUCAACUGUCUCAGUGCUCUGUCUCUCAGUCUCUCUCCCAGCGGCACAACUGCAAGCAGCUCCGUGUCGUUGUCCUAGGAAGAUGCAGUUGGCGAGCGGUCACAAGGGCGCCAUUUUGGAGGGCGAGGAGUGGGAACGCCAGAAGAGGGACUGGACGGGCUACAGCAAGGGGUUAGUUCGCCUUGAGCCCGGCAGAUGGCUCUUCCCGGCGCCUUUCCUCAAAUUCGGGGACAAGUAUUAUAAUUUCAAGUUCCAGCCGAGCGACGUGGUGGUGAUGACGUACUCGAAGAGCGGCACGACGUGGAUGCAGGAGAUCGUGUGGACGAUGAGGAACAACCCCAACCUCGACCAUCCCAUGACCAACACGCACAUCUUCGCCCGCUCGCCCUUCCUCGAGAUGGACAUGAUAGCCGCGUCGAGCGAGAAGCCGCCCCCGGCCAACCACCCGAUGGUGCAGGCCUUCUUCAGGAUGUGCCCAGGGAAGAACCCUCUCGACGGACUCCAGCUGCAGAUCACGGAGGUCCUGCCGGCGCCGAGGACCAUCAAGACGCACCUGCCCUUCAGCUUGCUUGACCCGUCGCUGCUGGACACGUCCAAGGUCGUGGUCGUCGUGAGGAACCCCAAAGACGUGAUCAUGUCCUUCCACCACCACUGCCGCCUCAUCAGCCUUCACGGUUAUGUUGGGUCUUUUGAGGAGUUCGUUCAGUACUUUGUCGACGAUGAUUUGAUGUACGGCCCGUACUGGCUGCACCUGAAGGAGGUGUGGGAGAAAAAGGACCACCCCAAUCUGCACCUGAUCUUCUACGAGGACCUCAAAGCCGACACGAUGAAGGAGCUGAAGCGGCUGGACGCGUUCCUGGGCACGGGACUGACGGAGGCGCAGCUGAAGAACCUCGAGCACCACACGUCCUUCAAGGAGAUGAAGGCGAGGAGCGAGGCCCUGGGCGGAGAUAACGAGAUGUUCAAUGCCGACGUCUUGAAGAAUGACGGAGGGUUCUUCCGGAAAGGUCAAUCCGGCGACUGGAAGGGCAAGAUGACCCCUGAACUCGAAGCCAAGGUCGACCAGUACAUCCAGAAGAAGCUCGCUAACCUUCAGAUUCCCUUCAAGUUCUCCUAAGAUGUCUGGCGGCGUAACUUAGCCUUUCCUGUAAUUUGGAUAUAGCUGUAACUUAAUUGUAACUUGGCUAUAACUGCAACUUAGCUGCAGCUGUAACUUAGUUGUAAUUACAACCUAGCUGUAACCAAGUUUAUGGCGCGUUUUAUAAGAUAACGUGACACUAGGAAUACUUAUGGGAUAAAUAACUUCAAAUUUAUAUUACUAUUUUUGUUUUACCGUAUAUAAGACAUUUGCUGUUGUUAUUGUUUUUAUUGUUGUCUGUUUUUUUGUCAUUCACACUGGACGACACAUAAAAGGCAUAAAUUAUAA